AUGGCUGCUUUGGUUCAAUCAUUCACACAACAGACCAAUACCCUGACCAUGCUUCAAACUCGACCGUCCUCUGCAUCAGGCAUCCUCCAGAACGCCUCGCAGUCUCAGUCCCACAAGCAGUACCCUGCGAAUCCACAACAGAUGCAGCGUAACAACGUCCGCGGAAUGGGCAAUGGGAAGGGCAUAUCAUCGAACUACAGAGGACAUACCACAGUGGCACCAACUCCUACAUACGCCUUUACAAGCACACCGAGUCUUGCGGCACCGGGUCAGAGGCAAGGGCCCCCUCUCCGGGCUGACCAGAGAACCUCGUCAGCACCCAGCCCAAUGCCUCUCCCCACGGAGUCGGGUCCAGUACGAUCACGCUAUCCGGCUCCUCCGUCGGUCUCGACGACGACAUCGUCCUCCUCCUCGUCCGAUGUCUCCGCACUAACCCAUCGAUCGGGAAGCAAAGAUGAUUCCGUCAUUACUGCUCGUGUGGUUUCAGGGGCCGCCAGACCUCAGUCUGCAGUAUUGGGCUCGGGCCUUGUCCCGAAUCUUGCACUUUCUGCAAUUUCCCCCCCCUCAAAGCCUUCUCCGGAUCGAUAUCGUCGACCAAAUAAUCGUCGUGCCGAUUCUGCGACCAGCCCACAGCCGAUCUCUCCUCCCGCUUCCUCGAUGCCCAACGUCAUGCAGUUUUAUGGCAGCUCCACCCAGGCACCAACUCUGCCUCCCGCAUCGUCCCAGAGUUUCAGUCUGCAGAUGCCUCAAUUCUCCAAACCGACGACAGGCGUCACAUCGGGGGCAACGAGUGUCGACGAUCUGCAAUUGAAAUCAACCCCGAGCCUAGAUGCGGCCAAGAGAUACCGUCGACGCAGCAUCCACGCUAUAGAUGUUGGUGAUUAUAGCGGGACGCCGGGUGAAUUGCUGAAACAAGGAUCCCGACUGUCGAGCAGCGCGAAUGGGCGGAUUGACCAGCAGCACCCCCUUCGAAGUUCUCCGGUCGUGAUCACCCAGCCGGCGGCUCACGGCAGGACUUUCAGUUCCGAAAGCGUGGCCUCGACUUUCAGUGCUCGAGGCUCCUCCAAACCUGGAUCGGCGGCCAAGCGAGAAAACCCCACCUCGUCUCCAUCCGCGCAAUCUCCAGCGGCAAUUGCCGUGGACCAGAACACGGGCAAGCACGAUGCUUCCAGACUCGUAAAUAUACCCCCUCGAGCUUCGUCUACCGAUGCCGCGAAACGAAUUGCCCCUUCUCCUCUUUCCAAGCCGAUGACGAUGAGCCCUGAGGCGUCAGGACCCAAGGACACUGUCGCAACGGCGGUUCCUGCAGCCGUGCAGCCACUUACGAGACCAGCCUCUGCGCAGGUCGCAAAUGGCCCCCCGAGCCCCGCUGCUCAGCAAUUGGCUGCAUUGAACGAUAAGGAAGGAAAGAAGAGCAAAACCUCCAGGCUGCGGAGGGCAUUCUCGUUUGGCAGUGCCGCCGACCUUCGACGAGCGUCGGCGGAGAACAGUCAGGCGAUCAGCAACACAGCGACCGUCAGCCGCUCGCAGUCACGAAAGGACAGGUAUCAAGAGGAGCACGAUGAAGAACAAUUCCGAAUUGCACAACAGCAGGAGGCUGGAGGGAUUGGAUCAGACAUCUAUUCGGGGCAGGGCCACAUGUUCACUGGGUCCACCGAUAACCUUUCCAUAUCCUCCACAGCUUCGUCCGCGUCCAUCAUGAUUCGCAAGAUGGGGAAGGGUAUGAAGAAGUCGACCCGGUCCUUGGUUGGGCUGUUCCGGCCGAAAUCGGUCAUCGGUGUGCCUGCAGCAGAUUCGGCGCUCCCCCAAGUCAGCCAGGCCCAGGUAUCUAUGGUCAACGUCGAGGCGGAGAGAGAAAAGGUCAAUGUCAACCCUGACCCACACGAUCAGGCUGGCGGUGGCACUGGCUUCCCCAAGCUGGAGAGUAACUCCAUCGAUGCGGCCAACGCCUCAAGCAGCGUCACUGAGCGACUGGGAAGCGCGAGCACCGAAAACUCUGCUGCUAGACGAAGCAUUGUCGGAGGUGAGAAGGAGCGUGCCGAGGUUCUUGCAGCUGUGAAAAAGGGUAUUCUCAAACGCUCUGGCACAGACUCUGGCAACUCCUCCCCAGUCAUCCGACCUCUCGAUCCCAAGUCUACUAACUUCCAACUCCCCAACAUCCCCCACGUCAACGACUCCCCUCAAUCAUCGGCACCCAGCACGCCAGGUGACGAAAAUGGACACAAGAAGAAUGGCUCCCUCAGCUUAGGUGGAGAGGACUACUUCAUGUCUGCGCUGCGUUUCCGUGGCGAUUCCAAGAGUGUCCCAGGCACGCCCCAAGGUGCUGCCGCAAAGCGAAAUGCCACGUUCAGCCCUCGCAUUCAAUUCCACGAUACCUGGCCAAGCGGAGAGUACGAUCGUAGGGGGGAGAUUGCCACCUGCAACCGUUUGACUCCGAUGCUUGCGCAGCAAAUCAAGGAGGAGAUUAACAACUUCAAGAUGGAAAUGGUAGUGCACGAGAACUCCAAGAUCUACACCCACUUUUUCUAA